AAAAAAGUGCAAAAACCAAAAGCAAAAAGUGAACAAUGUGCGCUUAGGGCGUGCUGUUGCGCCAAUCCCUUGCCCCUGGCAAUGAGCCGCCUUCCAAAUGAGUGGCCAAGGAUAAGCAGUCGGACCAGACAAGAUGUCCAGCAGCCGCGGCAAAUUGCCGCCACGUUCCGAUCGCAAUGCCAACGAGGAGGAGCAGCUGCAGCAGCUACAGCUGGGCGCCAGGCCCAAGGCCCAUAAAAUGCUGCACUCCAAGACUGACAACCCGUCAACGGGACAUGCCAACUACAUGGAGCUGGAAUUUAGCCAAGCGGCGGCAGUUGGUCACAGCUGCAGCGAGCUGCCUGUUAGCUAUGCUACCAGCACAGUUGUGGUGCCAGGGCAAGCCUAUCGGGAGCCGGCACCGCCCACGCCGCCACCGCUCUCGCAGAUACCCUCGCGUGAAUCGCGCUUGUUGCACUCGGCGCCGAAUACGCCCAGUCGCGGCAAAGUGGUGCUCAGCAAAAAGGAGCGCAAGGAGCUGAGCAAGCAGCUGGGCCUGGAGGAGCUGGCAGUUAGCACCUCAGCACAAUCCAGCCCCUACAAGGGGCGUGUCACGGAGCUUAAGAACUGCAUAGCGCGUGGUCUUUUUGCAACGUUGCAUCGCGGCUCGCAGAAGUCGCUGCAGCCAGCGGCGGUCGCGUCGUCGGCAGAGCGAGGCAGCCAGGACAUGCAGCUGAGUCAAGAGUUGUCACCGCCGCCGCCAGCGCCAGAGCUGGCCAACAACAAUGAAGACGAUGCGGCCGACUAUACAGAGAAGCUUAAGAAUUUGCCCGUACGGCGACGUAAGGCAGCCACCUCGCACAUGGACAACUAUUGCCUCUUCGAUCCGGUGGACUUUAUCAACGAGAAGGCGCUGCGUUAUCCCGGUAAUACGAAACAUGGUUUGCGUGAUCCAUUGUUCAGUUCCAGGCAGCAUCUGGUGUGCGAGGAUGAGGAGGAACUGGUACCGGAGGUCAUCUAUGAUGGCGAGGAGCUGGAGGAGACCAUCAUUAUUGAGACCUCCGGCGAAGCGGAUGCCGAAACUGAGGGCAGCGCCUGUGCUUUGCCCAGUUUUGAGCAUCAUAAUUAUUUUGUCAUCGAUCCGGAGGACUUUGAAAUGGAGCCGGCCAUUAUAGACAUAGGCAUACCCAAUCCCUACAGCAACGAGCAGCUGGUGCAUGCCAAGUUGGAGCAACAACUACUGAAUGAGUUCGAAACAGCGCCCAGCAUGUCGAAUAGUCAGGAGUCGAAGGACACAGAAACCACCUCUACUGCUCUUGUGGAAUCCUCCACCUCCACCAAUUCGGCCAGCUCGAGCGGCAGCUCAAAUGCACAGCAACAGCAGCAGCAGCAGCAGCAGCAGCAGCAGCAACAGCAACAGCAGCAGGAGCAGUCCAUGAAAAAGAAGCUCACUUUUCUUAAUCUCUCGCCCUUUCGUCCGAGCGCCAAGAAAUGCAAUCAGAAAACCUUUAUGGAACAGCGCGCCAUCUCGGAGCUGGUCACCACCGAUCACAUGCUGCAUCUGCAGCAGCUGUUGCAGCAACAGCGCAAGGAUCAGCGCGCCCACACGGUGCCCAUCGAGUCCAACUAUGUGCUGUUCAAUCCGGGACCCGUGCCCAGCCGCCAUGUGCAAUACAAGAUACGUAAACCUCGCCCGUUAUCCACUCACAGCGAUGCGGACAGUGGAUUCCUCUCGCCCUGCUCACCGGAUGAACUGAAGGCCAAUCCAAGCAUUUUGGUGCUGCAGCAAUGCGACAGUGUUCAGGGUUAUAUUGAGAUCUACACGGACUGGGCUAACUAUUAUUUGGAGCGUGCCAAGUCGAAGCGAAAGGUCACAGAUCUUUCCGCCGACUGUCGCGAUGGCCUGCUCCUCGCUGAGGUCAUCGAGGCAGUUACCAACUUUAAAGUUCCCGAUUUAGUGAAGAAACCAAAGAAUCAACAGCAAAUGUACGACAACGUCAACUCGUGCCUGCACGUGCUGAGGAGUCAAUCGGUGGGCGGCUUGGACAAUAUCACAACCAACGACAUCUGCGCGGGUCGCCUGAAGGCAGUUCUCGCCCUGUUCUUUGCCUUGAGCCGCUACAAACAGCAGGCGAAGCAAACCAAAUCCAUUGGCGUGGGCUGUGGCGGUGGCGGUGGCUCUGGUGCAGUUAGCUCUGGAGGCGGUGGCUCCGUUUUGGGCAUUGGCCUUGGUGGUAGCUUAAGAGCUUCUGCCGCAAGCAAUUUGCUGGACAGGAAUCAACAGCAGGAGCAACAGCAACAGCAACAGCAGCAGCAGCAGCAGCAACAACAGCAGCAGCAACAACAAACGCCACAGCAGUUGGCUCAAUCGCUAGAGAACGGCAAUGAGAUGGUGAAUCGACAAAUCGCGCCCGCCUAUACGAAGGUCAAUGGCGGCACAGCCAUUCCGCUGCCCGCGACUGUCAUGGUCCAGCGUCGCUGCCCACCGGACAAGGUGCGCCCGCUGCCCCCGACUCCGAAUCAUACGCCAUCCAUACCGGGCUUGGGCAAGAGCGGCAGCGAUUUUAAUAGCAGCCGUCCAAACAGUCCGCCCACCAGCAAUCACACCAUCCAGAGUCUGAAGAGCGGCAACAACAACAGCCUGCGUCCGCCGAGUGUGAAGAGCAGUCAUCAGAGCGGCAUUCCCUCGCCGAGCAGCCUGAAUGCGCCCACUGCGCCGCAGAAGCACUCAAUGCUGGACAAGCUGAAGCUGUUCAACAAGGAGAAGCAACAGAAUGCAGCAAAUGCGACAGCAGCAGUUGCAUCCAAUAAAACGCAAAUUCAAUCGAAGCGCACCUCCUCCUCCUCGGGCUUCAGUUCGGCGCGCUCCGAACGCUCCGACUCCAGCUUGAGCCUCAACGAUGGACACAAUUCGCAGAUAAAGCCGCCAAGCAUUAGUGUCAGCGCACAGAAGAGCCAACAGAAGCACAACACAAAGCAGUCCAAGCUGCUGGCGGCGCAGCAGAAGAAGGAUCAAGGCAAACCCAAUAAGCUGGACAAGAAGGAGAAGAGUCCGGCCCGUUCGUUGCACAAGGAGGAGCAACAGACGCUCUCGGGCAGUGAAUCGCGCAGCUCCACAAUGGGACGUGCGGGCAAAAAUACGCUGGCACGCGGAAAUGCCGAGAAGAAUACACUGAAGACGUCUUCCAAAACCUCGCUGCACUCCAAAUCCGAUUCCAAGUGCUCGCUGAAGAGUCAGAGCCAACAGCAGCAGCAGCAGCAGCUCCUGCACAGUCCCAGCGGCACGGGCCUACCCAAACCCAUUGCGGCCAUCAAAGGCACCAGCAAGUUGCCGCAGCUGGGCGUGCCCCAUGGCUCCGGUGAGCUGUUUAAGCGUGAAUCGAGCGACAUAUCGAACAAUCAGGGCAACAUAUCACAGGAGCAGCCGCAGCAAUCGGCUGCCAGCCAAGCCACACAUAUCCUCAAGGGCUUGCCCUCGACACCACCGCCUCCAUAUUAUGCCAAUGCGCCGCCUCCGCCGCCGCCCUCAUCCUCGGGCAAUCACAUAUCAGCUGUUUACUCUGGCAGCGGCUCGGGCUACCUCAGCGAGCCCAGCACACCGCAGCAGGGCGGCAUCUAUGGCAGCAGCCGUCUGCCGCCACCGAAAUCCGCGCUUAGUGCACCACGCAAACUGGAGUACAAUGCGGGUCCCCAUAUUCUUAAUGCGGCACAGUCGCCGCGCUUGCCGUUGCAGCGUCCAAUGCACAAUUCAGCGCCCAAUACGCCCACCGGUUCGCCCAGCAAAUUUCAUACGAUACCCUCCAAAAUAGUGGGCACCAUUUACGAGUCCAAAGAGGAGCAGCUGCCGUCCUCUACAGCCAGCUCCUCGUCCGCCUCCUCGGUGCUGCCCAUGCGCCCUCUGCUGCGCGGCUACAAUUCGCAUGUGACGCUGCCCACGCGUGGCGCACGCGGCGGACAACCGCAUCCACACCAAUCCUAUCUGGACUUUUGCGAGUCGGACAUUGGACAGGGCUACUGCAGCGACGGGGAUGCGCUGCGAGUGGGCAGCUCUGCUGCGGCCAGUCGCUAUCAUGACAUCGACAACGGCUAUCUGUCCGAGGGCAGCAGCGGCUUGGGCGGCACAGGAUCAACGGGCGGUGUCGCCCAUGGCAAACACUUUCUCAGCAUGAUGCGAGCCAGAACACAGCUACCAACAACCAUUGAGGAACGCAUUCGCAGCAGUCGCGGCUCGCUUGAUAGCAUUGGGACCGCUGCCAACGGCAGCUCGGCGGCAAGCCAGGCCAGCUCCAGCGGCGGCUCCACCAGCAACAACAGCAACAAUAUCAACAACAACAAUAACAAUAACAACAACAAUAACAGCAAAAUGGAUGGCAGUCCACAUCAUCGUCCGGGUUCACGAAAUGGACGCGAUAACUGGACCAAAAUGCCAGAACCGCUCAACGGCCACAAGGGAGACAAAUCGGAGAAGUCAUCGCCGUCGCGUCGCAGCAUGGGCGGCGGCAGCGGCAGCUCAUCCAAGCAGGGCUCGCCCUCGUCCUCGUCGCGCACCAAGGGCGUGCCGCCCAGUUUUGGUUAUGUGAAACGCGCCAAUGGCAGCAUCGCCUCGACGGCGGAGCAACAGAACAUCGCCAUGCUGAUGGCUGUCGGCGGUGGCCAGGCCAUGGUCAAUGGCUUGCCCUGCGGACGCACCGCUCACGUGUCCGCAGUGCCGCGCACCGCCAGCGGCCGCAAGGUUACCGGCGGCACACAAACCCUACCCAAUGAUAUGAACAAGCUGCCACCGAAUACGCAACAUCGCAGCUUCUCGUUGACGGGCCCCACAGCGACGCAGCUGAGCCAGUCCAUACGCGAGCGUUUGGCCACGGGUUCGCACAGCUUGCCCAAACCUGGCAGCGAUAUGCACGUAUUCCAGCACAGAAUCUCUACGCGUGGAGGCGGGACUCGCCACGAUGGGUCGCUAUCUGAUACGCAAACCUAUGCUGAGGUCAAGCCCGAGUACAGCUCGUAUGCCAUGUGGCUGAAGCAUAGUAAUACGGCGGGCAGUCGCCUCUCCGACGGCGAUGCCAUUGAUCAGCUGCAGAUUGGUUCGCCCGCGAUGACGCGUCAUGGCCACAAAAUGCUGCACAAUCGGGCAUCGGGCACAGUGGGGCAAAUGCCCGUUCAGGGCAAUGAAUCGCCCUAUGUGCAGAGUCCGCGCAUGAAUCGCAGCAAUAGCAUCAGCUAUCUGAAAGAACGGACAUAUCCAAGAUCCACCAAAUCGGAGAAAAUGUAUCCCUCGAUGCUGAGCCGCGGCGGGGAUGUGGAAAUCGAGCCCUACUACUGCCUGCCCGUGGGCACCAAUGGGGUGCUCAGCGCCCAAAUGGCCGCCGCUGUGGCCCAGGCCCAGGCACAGGCGCAGGCUCAAGCCCAGGCACAGGCGGGCAAUGUGGCCAGCAAUGCGGCUGCCGUGGCCUGGAGCCAGCCCACCUCGCCCACGCCCCUCAGUCGCGGCCCCUUUGCGUCAGCUGCGUCUGCGCUGUCGCCCACACACGGCACGGCGGCAGCGGCGCUGGCAGCGGUGGCAGCAGCUGCAGCGGGAUCCGGACACGGCGCCGGCAGCAACGCAUCGCAUCGUCUGACAUAUCCCAAAAAGAAUGAUGAAGUUCAUGGCAGCGCCGCCUCGCUGCUGUCGGGCGGCAGCUCGUUGUACGGCUCGGCAGAGGAGCGACAGGCGCAUGAGAUACGCCGCUUGAAGCGCGAACUGCAGGAUGCACGAGAACAGGUGCUCAGCCUGAGCAGCCAGCUGUCAACCAAUGCGCAUGUAGUUUCUGCGUUCGAGCAAUCGUUAACCAACAUGACCAAUCGCCUGCAGCAGCUGACGGCGACGGCGGAGCGCAAGGAUGGGGAGCUGACAGACAUGCGGCAGACGAUUGAGCUGCUGCGCAAGCAGUCCAUCCAGGCGGGCCUGACCACCGCGCACAUGCAGAGCAUGGGCGUGCAGACGCAGGGCCAGAGCCAGAACGAGCUGAUGCUGCAGCAGAAGCCGCCGCCAGUGCCCGUGGGCAAUGCACGACCUGGAAAUCCCAAUGCCAAUACAAACGGCAAUGGCCUGGGCCUGGGUGUGGGUGUGGGUGGGGGUGGGGGUGUGGCCAUGCAGCGACAGCACAGCACGGAUUCGAUGUGCUCGCUGAACUCCAUCAGCUCGGGCUGCUCGGCGGCGCAGGAUAAGAACAAGGCGAACAAGAAGAAGGGCUGGCUGCGCAGCAGUUUUACCAAGGCCUUUUCGCGCAAUGCCAAGAUCUCGAAGACAAGUCGCCAUGUGGGACAGCAUCAUCAGCAGCAGCACGAGCACAGCUCCAGCAAGACGCCGCUGCCUAAUGGACACGGACAUGGACAUGGACAUGGACACGGACACGGACACGGCGAACCACUGGGCUUGGCCGCCUUGGCCACGCAGCCGGCACCACCGCUGCCCGUAGCGAAUGCGUCCAGCAAGCAGAGCAGUCCGGCAAAGACGGUGACGCUGAUAGACAAUGCCAAGCCCAUCGAUGCCAUUGAGCAGGAGGAUCAACAUGUGGUCGAGGAUCUGAAGAAGCAGCUGCGCGAAAAGGAUCUGGUGCUCACAGAUAUACGUUUGGAGGCGCUCAGCUCAGCCUCACAGCUGGAGAGCCUCAAGGACAUGAUGAACAAGAUGCGCGCCGAGAUGAUGUCGCUCAAGCAGAAUAACGAACGUCUCCAGAAACUGGUCACCAGUCGCUCCCUUGCCGGCUCCGAGGCUAGCCUGGGCCAGGCCAUCAGCCCGAAUGGCUCGCUGGGCGGUGGCGCCGGCGGCUCGGAUGCCUCGCGCCGCUACUCACUGGCCGACGGCAAUGCACGGCCACCAAUGGAGCUGCCGCCACGUCUAACCGAAGAGCUGGAGGAGGAUUGCAUGCCGCCGGCACCUGCGCCGGAGCCACCGCCGCCGCCAGCGCCAGGUGCAGCGUCCGGCGCAGCGCCGCUCAGUCCGAACACACACAUCGAUUUGACGCCACCGCCACCUGCGCUGGAGGCGGCACAGCUGGGCAGCCCGGUGCAUAUGGCCAGCACCGUCGAGGAGCUGCCUGAUGUGUGCGACGGCAAGAAGAUAGCGAUUGCCUGCUACUUGGGCCAGCCCGAAUCGUUUGCCAAGUACUGCGAGGAGCUGCUCGAACUGGACGACUUCUAUGCGAAUGGCGCCAUCAUUGCCAGCCACGAGGCAGAGCAGGGCCAGGGCCAGGGGCAGCAACUGCAGCAACUGCAGCAGGGCGAGCGUCAGGCAUCUGGUACGAAUGAGUUUAUCAUUGCCUGCACCUACAUCUCGGGCAAAACGACCUGGCAGAAUCUAGACUAUAUUGUGCGCAAGUCCUUUAAGGAUUAUGUGGCACGCAUUGAUCCCGGCACCAAUUUGGGCCUCAACACAGACUCGAUUACAUCGUAUCAUCUGGGCGAGGCGAAGCGUGGCCCUGAAAUGGGCUUCCCGGAGCUGCUGCCCUGCGGCUAUAUUGUGGGCAAUGUGAAGACCCUGUAUAUAUGCCUACAGGGUGUCGGCAGUCUGGCCUUCGAUAGCCUCAUUCCGCGCAGCAUUGUGCAUCGAUAUAUAAGUUUGCUAACGGAGCAUCGACGCUUGAUCCUGUGCGGCCCCAGCGGCACGGGCAAAUCCUAUUUAGCGCGCCGUCUAGCCGAGUUUUUGGUGGCACGCGCGGGCCGUGGUAACCCAUCGGAGGCCAUCGCCACGUUCAACGUGGAUCACAAGACCUCCAAGGACCUGCGGCAAUAUUUGGGCCACAUUGCCGAGCAGGCGGCCAUUGCGAAUGGCGUCUCGGAGCUGCCAUCUGUGAUCAUAUUGGACAAUUUGCAUCAUGCCUCCGCACUAGGUGAUGUCUUCUCGUGUCUGCUCAGCGCCGGGCCGGCCACCAAGCUGCCCUGCAUCAUUGGCACCAUGUCGCAGGCCACCUGCAACACAACCAAUCUGCAGCUGCAUCACAACUUCCGCUGGGUACUCACGGCCAACCACAUGGAGCCUGUGAAGGGCUUCCUCGGUCGCUUUUUGCGCCGUCGCCUGUUCCAAUUGGAGCUGCAGACGCAGCAUGCGCAGUCCGAGCUUGCCGCGGUACUCGCCUGGCUGCCGUCCGUUUGGCAACACAUCAAUCGCUUUCUCGAGGUGCACAGCUCCAGUGAUGUGACCAUUGGACCGCGCCUGUUCCUCUCCUGCCCGCUGGACUUGAAGGAUUCGCAGGUGUGGUUCACAGAUAUCUGGAACUAUCAUCUGUCGCCCUAUCUGAUCGAGGCGGUGCGCGAGGGCGUGCAGCUUUAUGGGCGACGCGGUGGCGCCUGGAACGAUCCCUCGGCCUUCAUACGCAACUCCUAUCCCUGGCCCUAUGGACCGGACUCGGUGCCGCCGCUGCGUCAGAUAAAUGCCGAGGAUGUCGGCCUGGAGGGCGUGGCCCUCAGCAAUGGCGAGCAACAGGAUCCCUUGCUAAACAUGCUGAUGCGUCUGCAGGAGGCAGCCAACUACUCGGAGACCCAGGAUCAGGAAUCAGACUGUGCCAGUCUGGACUCUAAUGUAACGCCAGACAGCUCGGCGGGCGCCGAGUAGUGCGUCCCUUUCCCGAACUUAACUUCUUACAUGCCAAAUUAAUUGUUUUUUGUUUGCGUUGCAACUGAGCGCCUUUGGAAACUGUUUCACACCCUCGCACACACACUCCCACUCCCACACACACACAUGCCACAAAGGAAAUUUCUUGCACUACUUUCGCAUAAGAGUUCAAAAGCAGUUUCAAGAGUUUUCCAUUUGCACAAAACCAACAAUCUAUCAACCUACACUCAGAAAAUAUGUAAAUUAAGUACUCGAAAUCUUGGCAAAAUUGUUUGCACACUCGAUUGCCAAUUCGCACUAUAAAUAGUUGCUAAUUAAAUCAAGCAUAAUUUACUGUCCAUAAUGAAAUCAUGAAUAUUCAGCAAUUACAAAGAACAAAUCGCUAUCAGUUUUAACUCUUUCAAAAUAGAAUUGAGAGCGAUAUUUCUCUGGGUGUAUUAUCAUUCUCUUACUCUUUCUCUCUCACUCUUCCGUUGUCUCCUAUGUAGAAUUGCACUUUUUAGCGCACUUGUUAAAAAUGCAAAUUGCCAACAUCAGUAAACCAUAAAUAAUGAAAUCAUGCAUCUAUAUUCAUAAAAUCUGGUAACCAAUUGCGUUAGCUCAGCGCAGGCCAAAGACAAAAAAUAAAUUGAAAAGAAAGCCCAACAUAUAAUGUUAAAGAAUUGCUAAUGAAAGAAAAAAAAAAGCACACUUUUUGUAUAUAGAAAACCAAAAACAAACCUAACUACAUUUAAGUAACAAACUCUACGAUGGUAUCAACAUUUUAUACCCAA